ACGUGUGUUGGAGUUAUAUGCUCCCAGCCAGCAGGGGAGCUGGGGAGAGUGGCACCCAGCUGGCGGCUCAGGCAGAGAAGCAGCACCAUGACCGGCAAGAAAGUCUGCAUUGUAGGCUCUGGCAACUGGGGCUCAGCCAUCGCCAAGAUUGUGGGUGGCAAUGCAGCCCAGCUGGCACACUUUGACCCACGGGUGACCAUGUGGGUGUUUGAGGAAGACAUCGGGGGCAGAAAGCUGACAGAGAUCAUCAACACAGAGCACGAGAAUGUCAAAUACCUGCCAGGGCACAAGCUGCCCCCCAAUGUGGUGGCUGUCCCUGAUGUGGUCCAGGCUGCAGCGGAUGCCGACAUCCUGAUCUUCGUGGUGCCCCAUCAGUUCAUCGGCAAGAUCUGUGAUCAGCUCAAGGGCCACCUGAAGGCCAACACCAUUGGCGUGUCUCUUAUUAAGGGGGUAGACGAGGGCCCCAAGGGGCUGAAGCUCAUCUCUGAAGUGAUUGGGGAGCACCUUGGCAUCCCCAUGAGCGUGCUGAUGGGGGCCAACAUUGCCAACGAGGUGGCUGAGGAGAAGUUCUGUGAGACAACCAUCGGUAGCAAGAACCUGGCCCACGGACAGCUCCUGAAAGAGUUGAUGCAGACACCCAAUUUCCGCGUCACGGUGGUGCAGGAGGUGGACACAGUAGAGAUCUGUGGGGCCUUAAAGAAUAUAGUGGCUGUGGGGGCUGGCUUCUGUGACGGCCUGGGCUUUGGCGACAACACCAAGGCGGCUGUGAUCCGAUUGGGACUCAUGGAGAUGAUCGCCUUCGCCAAGCUCUUCUGCAGCGGCUCCGUGUCCUCUGCCACCUUCUUGGAGAGCUGCGGUGUUGCUGACCUCAUCACUACCUGCUAUGGAGGGCGGAACCGAAAGGUGGCCGAGGCCUUCGCCCGCACAGGAAAGUCCAUUGAGCAGUUGGAGAAAGAGAUGCUGAAUGGACAGAAGCUGCAGGGGCCCCAGACAGCCCGGGAGCUGCACAGUAUCCUCCAGCACAAAGGCAUGGUGGAUAAGUUCCCUCUGUUCACAGCUGUGUACAAGGUAUGCUACGAGAACCUGCCAGUGGGGGAGUUCAUCCACUGCCUGCAGAAUCAUCCAGAACAUGUGUGAGCAGGCCUGAGGCCCAGGCCAGGCAGCCUCUUUAUCCCAAUGGAGACAGGCAGAAGCUUGGGUUGCCUGGCCCCCAGGAUCUCCGGGACUCCCCACAGAGCAGCGUCUUCUCAGCUUUUCACUGAGUGACAGGAGGCUGAGGGCCCAGGUUCCUGCCUGGAGAUCCUGAAGCAGCCCACCACCUCUCGGCCAUCACAUCUCACCAGAAAUGGAGUUGCCUAGUCCCUCUCCAAACGGGGAGCUUUCUCCCUGUCCUGUGAGAGGGGCAGAAUCAGCCCCAGAGUGGCCGGCUUUGGGCCUGUGGGGGGAGGAGGGGAGGGAAAGGGAGGAAAGGCAAGGGCUUCGUGCUGCCUCACACAGACCAGAAUUCUUGUCCCCAUGCCUCAGCUACAAGAGGGGUGAGGCAAGGGCUGCAGGGAGGGGUCUGGGCUUUUGAACUGGUGUGGGCCCCAGGGACCCCUUUGCUCUGACCUCUGCCAGGCCCCACAGGGCAUCAAUGGAUCUCUCAGUAUUUGUUCACAAAAUACAAAGAUCUCCAACAAC